UUCCAAGAUGAAUUCCGGCGAAAUUCAGCCCAAAGAAAGGUCACCCAAGAAAUACGUACGAAUACCCGACUCAAUGAGUGGUAUUCGUGGUCUUAUUGGCUAAUGUAAAUUCAGGAAUUUUAAUACUCCCCUGCAUCGAAAGUUCAUUUGAUUAUCCGAAAAUAAAACUAAUUAUUCAGGUUGACUAUAAUAGAUUGGAAUUGAAAAUGAACUCUGUAUAUGAUACUUUGGAAUCACGAAAUCCAGCUUUUCUGAAAAGUUCGGUAACCAAACUAUUGUAUUUUGAAUGAACUAAAUUUGUAUUUCAGACUUGAUCUAUUCGAAAAGGUCUUUCUUACAUCUUGUUUACGAUGUGAAAAUCAGCCAUCAUUGUAAAUAUGACACUUGGCUGAGUUUUAUAGACAGCAUGCCAAAUGUACGAUUAAUUCAUCAUUGAUUUAUUUGAAAUUAUUAAUUAUCACCAUGAAGACAUUUAUUGACUCAUCAAUGCUGCAAUUAAAGAUUUUGAUGUGCAUCACUUGGAGCGUUGCCUUUGGAUUGCCGGAAAUAAUUAAAGUCGGUGGUUUGUUCGAAUCGGGCGAUGAAAUGCUGGAAACCGCAUUCCGGUACGCCGUGGAGCGGGUUAAUACAGACCCCCGGCUACUACCUAACUCCCGCCUGACCCCGCAGCUCGAGAGGGUGGAGCGACACGACAGCUUCCAAGCAGCCAGGAAAGUGUGCGAUUUGCUGAGUGAAGGCAUGGCCGCCAUGUUUGGCCCACAGUCCAACGAGGGGAGCGCUGCAGUGCAGUCCACUUGUGACGUGCUGGAGGUGCCUCACAUCGAGACAAGGUGGGACUACCGGACCAAGAGGGACAACCACUCUAUCAACCUCUUUCCCCACCCUACUGCCCUGGGCAAGGCAUAUCUGGACUUCGUGAAGGCUAAGGACUGGAAGAAGUUUGCUAUCGUGUAUGAGGAGAGCGACGCCUUGAUUCGCCUCCAAGAAUUGCUGAAGGACCCUUUCAUUCGGCAGCGACAAGUGGUGGUGCGCCAGUUCUUGCCUCAUCAAGAAUACCGAAAGCUCCUGAAAGAGUUGGGAAGAGCCGGUAUCAAAAACAUUGUCAUCGAUGUGCCCACAAAAAAUGUGCAAACCGUUCUGAAACAUGCUCAGCAAGUUGAUAUGAUGUCCGAAUACCACAACUACUUCAUUACUUCUUUGGAUUUACAUACAGUGGAUCUUGAGGACUUCCAGUACGGCGGCACCAACAUCACAGGCUACAAACUGGUGGACGAAGAAAGUUCGACGUACAUCGACGUUCUCGAGAGCUGGAGAAGUCCGAUGUUCCGGGCCGCUGGCAGGGAACCUUCUCUGACGACGGAGGCGGCCCUGCUAUACGACGCUACACGGCUCUUCUCGAGAGCGCUCACCGAUCUAGACAGAGGCCAAAAAAUCCACAUCAAAUCUCUCUCCUGUGACACUGAGGAACCCUGGCCACAUGGAAUCUCUCUCAUCAAUUACAUGAGAAUGAUUAAUGUGAAAGGCUUGACUGGCGAUAUCAAAUUCGACCACCAUGGAUUUCGGUCAGAUUUCAAACUCAAAGUGCUUGAACUUACUUACGAAGGCUUGCGAGAGGCUGGCGAGUGGAACAUCCACACGGGUCUGAACAUGACAACUAACUACACCAGAGCGGCGGAAGAGAUCAUCCAGUCUUUAAAGAACAAAACUCUCAUUGCAACAACAAUUAUCAACGCUCCAUACACGAUGCUGAAAGAGAACCACGAGUCCCUGGAAGGUAACGAUAAAUACGAGGGUUACUGCAUCGACCUUCUCAAGGAAAUCGCCAAAGUCAUAGGGUUCCACUUCAAAAUUAAGCAAGUCGAUGACGGCAAAUAUGGUGAGAGAAACGAACAAGGCGAAUGGAACGGAAUGAUCAAGGAGCUCAUCGAUGGGCGGGCUGACAUAGCGAUCGGCGACCUGACCAUCACUUUCCAGCGCGAGCAGGCCGUCGACUUCACGAUGCCCUUCAUGAACCUUGGCAUCAGUAUCCUCUUCCGCAAACCCACCAAGAAGGUACCGAAGCUCUUUUCGUUCCUGUCGCCCCUUUCGCUCGAGGUCUGGGUGUACAUGGCCACCGCCUUCCUCGGAGUCAGCCUCUUUCUAUUCAUCGUAGCCCGCUUCAGCCCCUACGAGUGGACAAAUCCUCACCCUUGCGACCCCAGCCCCGACGUCCUGCAGAACCAGUUCACGCUCCUCAACACACUCUGGUUCACUGUGGGAUGCCUCAUGCAACAGGGCUGCGAACUCACGCCCAGGGCAUUGUCCACACGAGUUGUCGCUUGCAUUUGGUGGUUCUUCACUUUGAUCAUGGUGUCUUCAUAUACAGCUAACUUAGCCGCCUUCCUGACUGUGGAGAGACUUGUGUCGCCUAUCGAAGGAGCCGAAGAUCUCGCCAAGCAGUCGCACAUCCAGUACGGAUGCGUCGAGUCAGGAGCUACGCAGACCUUCUUCAAGGAAUCAACAAUCCCCACCUUCAAGCGGAUGUGGGCCUUCAUGCAGAGUGCUCGCCCGAGCGUCUUCACGGAGUCGAACGCCAAAGGCGUGGAGCGAGUCAAGAAGGAGAACUAUGCCUUCCUCAUGGAGUCCACCUCCAUUGAGUACAUCGUGGAGAGGGAGUGUGAUCUCAUGCAAAUCGGAGGAUUGCUCGAUAACAAAGGCUACGGUGUGGCGACACCCUCUGGGUCCCCGUAUCGAACUCCGCUGUCGAGCGCCAUCCUGAAGCUCCAGGAGAGCGGGGCACUGCACAUUUUAAAGGAACGCUGGUGGAAACAACGAUUGGGUGGCGGCAAGUGCAGCAAAGACGAGACCAGCACGGCAGGGUCGGCCAGCGCCUUAAGCCUCGCCAAUGUGGGGGGAGUGUUCGUGGUGCUGGGAGCCGGACUCGUCGCGGCCUGCAUCGUGGCCAUUGUCGAGUUCGUCUGGAAAUCGAGGAAAGUGGACAGCGAGGAACGGGAACCUUUGUGCGUACUGUUCUGCCGAGAACUUCGCUUUGCUAUCUUCUGCGGAGGAUCCACUAAGCCCAUCCUUCCGAAGCACAGCCCAGACGACAGGCAAGCCCCAGAGAACGGCCUUCCCUUCAUGCCUCUCACAGGCUUUAGCAGCGUCACCACCAAGGAUAACUUCUCUUGACAGGAAGAGACAGGGGGCGGUGCCAUGCCCCUUGAGCCCACAGCAGAUGAACAGGUUAGUUAUUACCGCUACGCUCAGUACGACGUAUCGGACAUUUAAGCAGCAGAAGCACACCCUCUCCACUCUGCACAGAGAGCACAGCAGCCAGUGUUGGGUAACAAACUUCGACAGAUGGACAAUCUCUGCCGUUCUUCUGGACAGAUUUAAAAAAAAAAUCACAAUAAGCAGAAUAACACUUUCAACAGGCUUAUGGUUUUCAUUAUCAUUCGAAGCAAAUCAAAUUCAGAUGAUUGCAUCAUUUUUUAAAAAUCUAAUUGUCUUACGAUACUGUCAUGUGGCUGAGAAAGUCCGCGCCAUUAUUACCAGUUGUAAACUAUUUACUUAUUGAAUCGCUAUUUUAACUGCAACGAGCGAUUUCACGAUUUUAAAUACAAAUAACAGAUCAUUAUUUCAAAUACAUAAAAAUAAAUUAAAACUAUCGAUUUUUUAUUUUAAGUGAAUAAAAAAAAAAGAUAUUUACAACUAUGAACAAUUCACUGCUUGUUAGAUCUUUUUUUUAUUAAAGUCGUAUUGACACUAUUCUACUACAUUUAUUUUUAAAUCGAUUGUUUGGACAAAUUUUUAGACAAACAAAACAACAACAACCCUGAACCAUUAAAUGAUGGGAUCUCUGACAUUAUUUCAAGAUUUUUGGAAUAUAUUUUUAAUUUGAAAACAUGAUGUUUUAAAUGAUGGGAUCAUUGGUAUAGUUUCAAGAUUUUUGAAGGACAUUUUUGAUUUGACUUUUGCACAGCUCUUUAACGUUUUGCGAUGUGACAUUGUAUACUUUUAUUACUCAUAAAAUGUUCGAAAAAAUGCAGGUAUGAUUUUGAUUGAAAUUCCUUUGGGUGCGAUCGAUUGCAUAUUGUGCUGACUCAGGUUUUUUGAUGAAAUUACAGAAGAGAAAAUUUAAAACUUUUAUAAUUCUCAGGUAAUGGUUAGGUAACAAGCAUGUUUAAGAAAUUGAUGUUUCCGUACUUAAUUGAACAAAUUUGCAUUUCACACUGUUCGAGUAUUACGAGGGAACAGUGGGAUACACCUACCAUUCGUCGCCAAUUAUAACGAGUACAGAAGAGAAUGCCUGUGGAUGGCAAAGGACAGAAUUAUUGUCAGAUUAGCUUGAAUAUGGAGAACUUGGCGACUUCUGAAAAAGUUUUAACAUUUUAAUUUUUCAUUAUAAUGUUCAAUUAUGUUAUUUGAAACUACAUCAAUCCUUUUGAAGCACGAGUUAAAUGAUUUAGAAACAUAAAAUUGUAUUUCUGUAAUAUUAUUUUUUAAAUUAUAUUACCUGAAAAAUGAAUAUCUAUGUUAUAUUGUAUUCUUGGAGGAUAUUUGUGAAUAAUUAAUUCUGUCAUAUUCACUCUAUUAAACAACUUUCUGAUAGAAUUAUUAGAUAUUAUUAUUUCAUCGAAUUCCAAGUCAAAAUUUACAGAUUAGUAGUUUCCCCUUUCACUUAUCACUGUUUCUAAUUUUCAUUCAUUACAAUUGCUGAUGAAUUCCAUAAGCCUGAUCCUUCUUUUAUAUGUAGAAGCUAUGCUCGAACCCAUUGGGAAAAUUUAUGGCAUAAAGGGAUGACAUAAUUGCGUGAAGUCAUAUCCAAAUCAAGAACAGAAUGGUGUAAAAAUGUUUUCAAACUAUUUGAUAAGUAUUUUGAUUUCUUUCUCUUUUGUAUUUUUCUCGUUAGUCGCGGAAUUGAAAUUUAAAAUCAGUUGCUUGUUACAGAAUUUUAACUUGACAUCAGUGAAUGUAUAGAUCUAAGUGAAACAAAAUUGAUUUAGUUUACAUUUGACUAAAGGGGGGAAAAAUAUACACAAUAAGAUUUUACAAUGUCAGUUCUUUAAGUAAUACCAGUUCUUCUAUAAUUGUACUGCAUUUCAACAAUAGUUAUACUUUACACUACUACUAAUAAUGUUUCUUAAUGAAACACGAGCCCUUUGUAAAUUUCAUUUCAGUUAGCAAAUUAUUAAAGGAAUUUAAUCUUCCACUUUUCAUCCUCUGAAAAAUUAAUAAUUACAGUUAAUGUCUCCUCUUGAUAUGCCUAAUACUCAGUUUCGUCCACCUGUUUUAAAUGGCAAGGAAUCUAUGUCUGGCUAAUGAUGUGGUUCGCCAAUAUGAAACUCCCGAUAAAUCCAGGUGGUUUCAUUGGAAAAUGAAAUUCAAGCCUGUCUUCAAUUACAAAAAGGAUUCCAUUUUUUGAGAUGAAUUGCUUUUUUUUUAUGUUAGCAGAUUGUAAGGAAUUAAAAAAAAAUACGGAAAAAUUACAAAAUAGUGUAUUUUGAACAGUUAUUUCAGCGAAAGUAUAUAUUACUUCUUUAAAAUUCAACUUUUUGACCAAAGAAUGUGUCUGUUUGCUCCUGGGUACUUUAGAAAUCAAAAGUAAUCAAUUUAGCAAUAAAUGGGGAAAAAAUUAAUUCCAACUAAUUUCGAAACCCGACACUGGAAAAAAAAGUCGAUUCGCACUCAUUUUAUUCACUGAAAAAAAAGAAAGCACUUCUCACGAGGCACAGUCACAGAUCGAUUUCUAAAACGAAAUGUUCCGAUUUCGAAAGCAGGUGUCAGAAGCGCAAGGAAUGCGACUGCAACUCGAAAACGCGGCAGAAAUACGCGUCUAGCACACGUUAAGCGGAUUCUUUAAAAGUAGCCUUUCACUGAUUGCGGGAAACCAUUAAAUAAGCAGAAGGCAGGCGUCAUUUGUCUCCCUAGUUGUUCAUUUGUUCCGGAUUUCUUUUAGAAUGCUCCAGCAAAUAUCCAUAUUGACUUUAAAAGUAAUACAAUUUUAAAAAUAUAAAAUAUUACUUUCACAGAAAAGUUGUGAAAUAGUCAACUGAGGAAGCUUAGUCCCUCGAAAAUAAGCCUUUUAAUUGUUAAAAAUGAGCUAAUCCUUUUCUACCUAAAAAUCUUUAUCUAUUUAUUUUGCAGAAUUUAAUUUAGAUUCAUUAGAAAAUUUAAUUCGAAUUUUCUAAUUAUGGAUAUGUUGAAUAAUUGUUAUACUCUAAAAGCAUCAUUUAAUUUAGUAAAAAUUAUAAAAUAAAAUAUAAAUCUAUGGUAACGUACAAAAUACGUUUAAACUAUUUAUUAAAAAAAACAAAGGAGUAUUUCUUGGAAAUUAUUAAUGCUUGGCAAAACUAUAUAAUAGCGCAAUUUCAUAAGCAUGGAAUUGAGAUUUCUGGAAAAAGUAUCAAGAUAUAGUUUUUGUAGGCAUGAAAUUUUAAUUCGAAUUAAAUGAAUAAUAAAUCAAAUAAAAAUGGAAGAAUUAAUUAAUCCAUUAACAACUGGUAAAAAGAAGUUAAUAUGCUAGAUCAAAGGACUCAAGCUUCUUACAAAAUAAUUAACAGUUAUGCACUAUUUGUUUUUAUUGCAGUUUGAGAUUAAUUUUCCUUUCCCAUUGAAAUAAUUAAAAACAAUAAGCUACUUGAAUAUUUGAAAUAUGGAUCAAAAUUAAAAAUGAAAUUGUAAAGUGAAUCAUUUGGAUUGUUUGAGCCGGCAUUUUUGUUGAGUUCCAUUUCUAUGAACGCGAGGAGAAGUUGGAUGAGUUUCAUUUUCAUUUUUAUAGAAAAGUUUUUCACUAAAUAAUUUCACAAUUUUGAGUAAAACAGUUUACUUGGAAUGUACAUUAGAACUUUAAAGCUUUCUAACCCGCUUCUUCUUUCAAACAGCUGAAUUUCGUCCGGUGAAAGUUCAUCGCAAUAAUAAAUUUGACGCGCGUGACAACUUUCAUUACUUAAAAUGUAAAAAAAAUCGGAACAUUUCGAAAUAAAAGUAAUUUCAGCGACCAUGGUUUCAUUUAAAGACGAAUUGAAUUAAUUUGGAAGAUUUUUCAGGAAACACUCAAGCAAUUCGUUCGAAACUGACGAUCUGUUUUCCGACUGCGAGAACAGAAGACCCCACUUAAAUAGAUUCGUAUACGCGGGGAUUCUUUAAUGAAUAGCGUUUUCUACGAAAACACUUCGCAGUCAAUUUCUGCCAUCAAUUUUGUAAAGAUAUAAAUAUAAUGUUUAAAUCCACCCAUUGCUCUCGCUGCACUUCUUUAGAACAUGAAAAUUUCGCUCUUGAACCAUCCGAGUACAUUCAAGGGCUGACUGUCGACGCACCUUAACGCAGAAGGACAUCUUUGCCACCCUCCAUGACUUGAUCUUCCCACGUUGGGAGACCGCGUUAGCAUGGUGGUAAGGUCACACAUUCAAAACAAGAGGGUUCCAAGUUCGAGACCCGAUACCACCGAAGAACCGUCAUGUAAGCAGGGCUCUGUAAGUUAAAUCAGUCGGGGCUAGUUUAUAACGAAGUUCUCUAAAUAUAUUCCCCACAAAAGUAUACGAAGUGAAAUAUGUCAAUAAAAAAUUAUGAAGUGGAGGAGAACUACGGAUUUGGGUGCGGCAUUCUGGGAAAUCUGAACAAUGAUUUGCAGUCUUUUUCGGUGGAUGACUGAAGCUGAUCGUCAUUAAUAGACCAAUCUGUGAAGACAAUUAUCGCUGCAAUCGAUCAUUGUGACUGAAAUCAUUGUUACCGAUUUAAACGACGAACGUAUGAAAAUAUCCGAGUGAUCUGAGAAGUCGCCCGCAACCAAAUAGAGGAUGAAUUGCCACUAAAAAUUUAAAUGACUGUCAGAUAAUCAACCGUAAAUUCCUUUUAUUUUAAAAGUAUUGUACAAAAAGAAAAUGAAUAAAAGAGCAAUGAAGCUGGCUACGAUUUAUUUAUUGUAGUUUAUUUACAUUAUUGCCUUUCUAAAAUUUAAAAUGCCGAAUUUCGUUUUUAAUCGCCGUCUUAACAAUAUUGGAGGAGCAAAGCGAAAUAAUUUUAAAAAGUAUAUUAAUUUUCACGAAGAAUUAUUUUGAAUAAGUUCUGUUUUUAAAAAGACCACUUGUUCUUUCGUUUUGUGAGAAGUUUUAACUUUUGAAAAAUUUGAUAUAAAAAAAGCAUAAAGGAAAUGACAACAUCCUUGAUUCCUAUUCAAAUUGGAGCGGUCAUUUAAAUUUUUAUUUACAAUGCAGAUCAUUUCAGGAAUUUCCUUUACAGAAUCGAAAAAAAAAACUUAUGAUAAAACAUUCAAAGGCUUAUUGUAUUUACAAAAGGCAAAAAUUUAAUUGAUAUUAAAUGUAUUUUCAUUGUUAUCUAUAUUUUAUCGAAAGCAAAUUACACGCACACGCACAAACACACACACACACACACACACAUAUAUAUAUAUGCCCCAAAUGUUAUUCAUGUUACCCCAAAGAUACCAUAACGUUCAGAAAUCAGAACGAAUUAAAAACAAAAUUAUUAAAUUAGAAUAAAAAAUUCAUUCACAUCUUGUUUCGCUGAUUUUUAAUAACUGUUAAAUGGCAUAGCAUUCAAAGUAUUUGGUUCCUGAUUCAGCCGCCAUAUAGCAUAAUUAUUAAUUUACACACGAAACCACAUUAGAUUUGAUUUUUAUAUACAAAAAUUUCAUUAUUAAUUUCUGUAAUCAAGUAUAUUUAAAUCAAUGCAAGUUACUACAGAAACUAUUUAAUUUCUCAAAUAACUAAAUUUCCGUGUGAAAUUUUAAAUUAUAUUUAAACAUAUAAUUUAUUUCAUAAAUACAAUGCUUUCUGUAAUUUCUCUAUUACUACUACCAUUUUGGUCCUUUGAAUCUCAAAUUGAUUUAAAGACAAAAUGAUGAAUAUUUUAUGCCAAAUCUGCAAUUAUUUAUGUAUAUGUGUGAAAGAUAUACGGUUUAACAAAAUAAUAAAUAAAUAUUUUAUUCAUAUAAUAUAUAUAUUUGUUAAUCUUUCAAUUUUGAAAAGUCACCAAAAUCAAAAUGGCUCAUAACUUUAUAGAAUAUAUGAUUGCGCCACUGCUGAUACGUCCUUCAAAUUUUCUCAUAGUUAUAACUAUUCCAGUCUAUUAUUGAAAUGGAAUUUUAAAAUUUUUCUGGAAAUUUUUCAUUUUUUAAAGCAGUUGCUCAAUUUUAUAUUGAAAUUUAAAUGUCAAUGCCAUUUGCUUGCCAUAAAUAUUGGUGAAUUUCUAAGAAAUAGUAUCAUGCUGCUAAUUUAAAUGUUACUUGUGAAGUCAUCCCACCAUCUUUCAUCGAGAAGGAGAGUUCGCACCUGCCUCUGGUCUGUAUGUAAGAGCGUGCGAAUGAUUCAUUGCGUAUUAUAACAGUCGCUCCACUGUGUAGAAAUACGUUUCGAUGUAGCUGUUUGCACUGUGUAAAAAUAAAUCUCUGUCGUUAAA